UCUGUGAUUACUCCUCCUGCACCGCAGUCCUUUCUCGGUCGUCUCUUUAGUCGGUGGUCUCAUGCAAAUAAAUAGUCCGUUCUUUGGUCGGUACCUGUUGUCUUGUUGCGGUCGUGUCAGGGAUCGUGUCGUUUGUCGUGUUCACCCUCGAUCUCCACUCAACAACGUUCUUUCUCGCGAUAUAGAAUAUAGAAUUCAUUCGGUUACCAUCAAUUUUUCGUCAAUGAAUUUGAAAAAUUAAGUGAAAAUAUCCAAUCUAUUUAAAACAUGGAACAUACAAAGAUUUCUUUCUUGUGGUUAUCCUUGUUAUUAUUUACGAUGCUUUGCGCAUCGAUCGAAGCAAAUUCAAGAAAUGUGGUGACGAUGAAGGAAACAUUACCAGUGUACGCGAUCACGGAAUACAUCGAUAUUCUGAAUGCGAGCAGAUGUCGGAAUGAAAUGGAGCAAUUUCGCAAAGCGAUAGAUCACGACGUGCUGUGGGGUUUAAGAAUGUUGGACGCCAGCGGAGUGCCACCCUGGGGAUUCAUAAACGGGAACAAUUUCUGGCUGGGAGGCAAAAAUGAUUGCAAUUAUAUAUCCAAAAAUUACACGCUGUCCCUGUCGGAGAAAAUUCAGAAGAACAAUUCAUUGUAUCGAAAUUCUAAUGAAGAAUAUCCACCGUAUGAACUUCAUUUCUUUGCCGCCCGUAUGAGACACAACAGUACUGUACAGUACCAUAUAGAAUUAUCGAAGGAAGACAUAGUGACACUUGGACUUUGCUUACCGGCAUCCUGCACUAAAACUGAGAUAGCCACGAUGAUGGAUAAAGUGUUACAUAAUGAAACUCUCUUGAUUGGACAACUCUUUUCCAUAGGUUUAACACUGGUCGAAAUCACUGACCUCAGAAGCGGUCAUGAAUGGCUUCUCGAAUGGAAUAUAAUAUUCAUCAUAAUCAUAUUGGCCCUGCUAUGUUGUGUAACAAUAAUUUGCACAGCAUAUGAUGGUUUCGUCUACCAAAAACGUUUAAAAAACAAAAAAGAGUUAAUUCCCUUUGAGAAUAACAACGUAUCCGAACUGAAAAACGAUGUGGAAGAAAAAGGCGAAAAUCAUUGUCAUGAAUUGGUAACGACCGAGUUGAAACCGCAAAAUAAAAUAAUACGAUUUAUUCUCUGUUUCUCGUGGUUUACGACUCUUAAGCAAAUAUUUCAAAUGGAAGUCGGUUAUGAUGAUAUGCGUUUAUUUCACGGUAUGAAAUUUUUUGGAAUGAUAUGGAUCAUAUUGGUGCAUGCACUUUAUUACGCGCAUCAUGCUAUAGCUAACAAGGUAAUCGCAUAUCGGAUGACUGACGAAUUUUUCACGCAAAUACUAAGCAAUGCGACACUUUCGGUGGAUACCUUUUUCUUUACCGGUGGCUUUCUAUUGACGUAUACAUAUUUAAGAUCACAAGGAAACAAAAAGAAAACGUUCAGUGAAUCAGUGACGCAAAUUAUACAAGGGAUCAUUAAACGAUUCAUUAGACUUACACCCGGAUAUCUUGUCGUAGUCAUGAUUUUGAUAUUAAAUUUUACUUGGAUGGAAAAAGUUUCGAUGAUUCCAUCCAGCGAGGAAAUACACGUUUUAUGUACAAAAUAUUGGUGGAGGAAUGUACUUUAUAUCAACAACUUCUUUUCAUGGAAUGAACAGUGUCUCAGCUGGAGUUGGUAUUUACCCAAUGAUAUGCAUUUCUUCAUUUUUGGUUCAAUUAUUCUAACAUUAAUGAACACACAUUACAAUAUCGCAUUGAGCUUAAGUGUUAUUACAAUAAUUUUAUCAAUAUUUACAUCCGGUUAUUUGGCUUACAGUUAUAAUUAUAUACCUGCAUUGAAUGAACAAUAUGAAAUGUUAACAUACUUUUAUUUACGUCCGUGGACAAGAAUUCCACCAUAUUUGAUAGGAAUGGGUACAUGUCUGCUUCUUACAAAAUGGAAUUAUAAAUUACAUUUAUCAAAGAAAACAUUAUUCGUUUGUUGGACUUUAGCAAUUUUGUGCAAUUGUUCAAUUUUAUUCGGUCUUGUAAACAAAAAUUUAACUCUGGGUGUAUCUAUUCUUUAUACGGCCUUAAGCAGAACAGCCUGGGCCUUUGGUGUAGCUUGGUUUGUAGUUGCAUGUUGCACGAAUAAUUGCAAUUUGAUAAAUAAAUUUUUAUCGAAUAAAAUAUUCUUUCCUAUGAGCAGAUUAACUUAUGCUUGUUAUCUGCUAAAUCCUGCAAUUAUACUUUCAUUAUAUUCGAUUUCUUCUUAUCCCUUUUUCAUUGAUUACGUCACAAUUGGUGGGAUAUUCCUAGUAGCAGUAUUAUUUAGUUACACUGCUGCUAUAAUAUUAAGUGCAUCAACAGAAGCACCAUUUAUAAUGCUUCUGCGAUUGAUCAUCCAAUCGAAAAAUAAAGAAACAAAAUGAAUAUAUAGACAUA